AAAGGUUUGUUUGAAUUGCAGAUUUUCAGUCCAGAAAAUAUGAUGCAGCCAAAUACAGUGAGAUUGAAAGAUUUCCAAAACUAUUACCUGCAUCAUUUGAAAAUACAGGAUGUUCCUAUAUCAGACGAGGAGAUGGAUUAUAUGAUGGAUUUAAGACCUUAUAUUACACCCAAUCCAUACACUAUAGGACCUACAUUUUCGCUACCAAGAUUAUUCCGUUUAUUUCGAGGUCUGGGUCUUAGGCAUUUGAUAGUGGUUAAUGAUUGCAAUGAGCCAGUUGGGAUUAUUACAAGGAAAGAUCUUGCAAAAUACAGAAGUGGAAUCAAAACGUGGGCUGGUGAAAGUAUAAGAAAAGUUUAA